GAUAAAGUAAAAACGUUGUGAAAUAAAAAAAAUGUUCCCUUUUUGAGGGCUACUUGAGUUUGGGUUUACCUAAUUAUGCAUCUAAAAAAAAUCAUACAAGUGCAUCAUGUUAUAGCACAAGUGCCUAUGGAAUAUCGUACAGAAACAUGACCAAAUGCACCCUGCACGAAAAAGACAAAAUGUUUGACUUACUGUUGCAUCAUGUUAUAGCACAAGUGCCUAUGGAAUAUAAUACAGAAAGAUGACCAAAUGCACCCUGCACAAAAAACACAAAAUGUUUGACUUAUUGUUUGAACAGUGUAAUAGCAACCACUUAUCUUUUUGGUACAGUAGAAACUUGAUCAUAUUUAUUUUUUCAGGUGUUCAUGUAUCAUUAUCAUGGAUAUGUAUGAUUUUUUUGUGAAAUUUAAAAUUCAUAUUUAGGUAAAUCGUUGCAUGUACAUUUGAUUUCCCCUUUUCCGGUAGUAUUAAAUUAGUUCUAGGAUAGUGCAAAAAUGUUUUGUUUGCUAAUGUACACUAGAUAACCUAUGAUUUCUUGACGCACCUACAAAAUUCUUACAGUUUUUUCUAGAACAUGCCAUGCCCAUUUUUUUACCUGAAAUGUCAGGAGCUCUGCAUUCGCAUUAAAGAUGAGGAAUGUACAAAACUUUAGGCCAGUUGCCAAUCUGGCGCUGUCUGUACAUUAGCAGCAAUCUAAAGGGAUACAUUGAUUAAUUCUAUCAGCUUUUCUGAAAUAUAAGAGAGAAGGGGUAUGAGAAGUCCUAAUCGCUGAACUAAACAUAGUUUGGAUGGUUGGAUUGUCAAAUUAUUCAUUUAAAAUAAGUACCUUCUUACUGAUUGCAAUUUUGAAGGGCGGGCCAGUAGUAGAGUGUUUCCACUUGUGGCCUGGAGUUCCUGGGUUCGAACCUGCCUCCUUGCAGAAUUAUGACUCCAGAAUUAUUAUGCAAGGGAAAGGCUCUAGAAAUUCCCUUCCCCAGACCCCACCUUUGUGUGGGAGCUUUCAGCACUGGUCUGGGCGGCCAUCAUCGGAGCCGAAGGGUGUCUCCAAAGGGAGGCUGGCUGAAUUGAAGCUUCAGAUGGCAAGAGAGAAAGAUCAGCCUCUGAAGCAUGAAUCUGCUGGAAGAGAAGAAGCAAAUGUGGAGCCGAAACCCAAGGGGAAAAAGCAAAAAACUGAACCUGUGAAACAGAUUGCUGCACCUGUUCGAUCGUCACCUCGUUUGACUGCAGUGAAAAGGGACCAGGAAGCGAAUGAUGUGCCUGGUGAUGCACUUGUCGGCGCUACAGAUACCAAUGGUCAGUUACAACCAGCAAAGCAGGUCAAAAAUCCUAAGUCAAAGGCAAUUUCCUCUCCAGUAAUUCAGAAUAAAGAUGGUGCACAUGCCCCAAGUACUUCUGGAAAUGCUGAAGACAAGUAUCCUUCAGCUCCUGAACAGAUACUAGGAGCAUCUGCUGCAUGCUCGUUAACAGACGUUGGAUGCCAGAAUGUGGAUGCUCCGCCGCAACCGAACGGACUUGUUGGAACAGCUGAUGCUAUGCCCGGAUAUUCCCUGUCGUCGCUGUUUCGAAGUAUCUGGUCAGACCCAUGCCUGGAGUUUGCAUUCAGGACUCUUACAGGUGAUAUCCCUGUCCUUGACAACAACGUAGCUGUUGCAAAUUACUUCCUUCCACCACAGGACUUGAACAAGGGGACCGUGCCGCCCAAUUGUUCGUCUUCCACUUAUGACGGUGCUCGGAAGAACCAUGGCCAAGUCGACAGUGUCAGGCUGCCAAUGCCAAGGCCAUCAGAUAAGCUCUACAGCAGUGGCUGGUUCCCUCCCCAGUGAACUCCAUCUGGGAAAUAAGCAACAACUGCCCAAAGUGCAAAUAAGAAGGAAUCCUUAGUUCAGGUCAUAGAUAAGCCUCGUAGCGCUCAUCGUUAGGGUACCUCGACAAUGAUGCAUGUUUUAAUAAAGACUUGUGUCUUGUUGUAACCGCAGUAGAUGAUCCAUCGCUAAUAUUACCCAUCAUAUGGUAGACUUUGGCAGAACUUUUGAAUCUGUGUAGUAAGUUGACUUGGUAGCAACUCUUUUGUUGUCCGGUUAGCGGAUAGAGAAGCCGACGGUACAGAGAAAGCCCCCUGAUUUUCAUGGCUGGGGUUUUCACUCUGUCUGCCAAAAGCCCUUCCAGUUUAAUCAUGGAUGAUGCUUGUAAGACAUGUUAUGUUAACUGGACUAAGUUAUAGGUGGAUUUGGCUUCUGUGAUUA